AUGGAAACGGUACAAUCAGACUAUUUCCUAGUGACAUGUAAUUUCACCCUUGAGGAGGUAGAUCAUGUUUUUACUUCUCUACCAAACAACAAGGCAAGUGGAUCAGAUGGUAUUUAUGAGUCCACAAGGCCCCCCAGUCCUCCCAGGCCCUCAUGCAUAUCAUCAACGCCUGUCUGAUUAAUGGGAAAGGUACCUGAUUCACAGAAGGAUGCCCCCAAAAUACAAUUUUCCAAAUGAUCUGUCUAUAUGGAGAGACAUCUGCCCUCUGUCUUUAAUGUGUUCAUUAAAUGCUUGCUUACCAUGGAUAUUAUAUUAUUAUAUAUAUAAACAGACAGGGUAUAAAUGAGCAUGUUUUCUGCCUAAAAACUGGAAUUGAUGACUUCAAGCAUGAAUCCACAAACUCUGUGUUUUCUGGACUUGUCUUUGGUACUUUAUCAAAGAGUAUAAUGAUCAAUGCACUUGAGGAAAUACAACUGCCUCAGCCUUAUGUGGACAUUAUAGCCUUAUGUGGACAUUAUAUCUGAUGAGGAAAUACAACUGCCUCAGCCUUAUGUGGACAUUAUAUCUGAUGAGGAAAUACAACUGCCUCAGCCUUAUGUGGACAUUAUAUCUGAUGAGGAAAUACAACUGCCUCAGCCUUAUGUGGACAUUAUAUCUGAUGAGGAAAUAAAACUGCCUCAGCCUUAUGUGGACAUUAUAUCUGAUGAGGAAAUACAACUGCCUCAGCCUUAUGUGGACAUUAUAUCUGAUGAGGAAAUACAACUGCCUCAGCCUUAUGUGGACAUUAUAUCUGAUGAGGAAAUACAACUGCCUCAGCCUUAUGUGGACAUUAUAUCUGAUGAGGAAAUACAACUGCCUCAGCCUUAUGUGGACAUUAUAUCUGAUGAGGAAAUACAACUGCCUCAGCCUUAUGUGGACAUUAUAUCUGAUGAGGAAAUACAACUGCCUCAGCCUUAUGUGGACAUUAUAUCUGAUGAGGAAAUAAAACUGCCUCAGCCUUAUGUGGACAUUAUAUCUGAUGAGGAAAUACAACUGCCUCAGCCUUAUGUGGACAUUAUAUCUGAUGAGGAAAUACAACUGCCUCAGCCUUAUGUGGACAUUAUAUCUGAUGAGGAAAUACAACUGCCUCAGCCUUAUGUGGACAUUAUAUCUGAUGAGGAAAUACAACUGCCUCAGCCUUAUGUGGACAUUAUAUCUGAUGAGGAAAUACAACUGCCUCAGCCUUAUGUGGGCAUUAUAUCUGAUGAGGAAAUACAACUGCCUCAGCCUUAUGUGGACAUUAUAUCUGAUGAGGAAAUACAACUGCCUCAGCCUUAUGUGGACAUUAUAUCUGAUGAGGAAAUAAAACUGCCUCAGCCUUAUGUGGACAUUAUAUCUGAUGAGGAAAUACAACUGCCUCAGCCUUAUGUGGACAUUAUAUCUGAUGAGGAAAUACAACUGCCUCAGGCUUAUGUGGACAUUAUAUCUGAUGAGGAAAUACAACUGCCUCAGCCUUAUGUGGACAUUAUAUCUGAUGAGGAAAUACAACUGCCUCAGCCUUAUGUGGACAUUAUAUCUGAUGAGGAAAUACAACUGCCUCAGCCUUAUGUGGACAUUAUAUCUGAUGAGGAAAUACAACUGCCUCAGCCUUAUGUGGACAUUAUAUCUGAUGAGGAAAUACAACUGCCUCAGCCUUAUGUGGACAUUAUAUCUGAUGAGGAAAUACAACUGCCUCAGCCUUAUGUGGACAUUAUAUCUGAUGAGGAAAUACAACUGCCUCAGCCUUAUGUGGACAUUAUAUCUGAUGAGGAAAUACAACUGCCUCAGCCUUAUGUGGACAUUAUAUCUGAUGAGGAAAUACAACUGCCUCAGCCUUAUGUGGACAUUAUAUCUGAUGAGGAAAUACAACUGCCUCAGCCUUAUGUGGACAUUAGAUCUGAUGAGGAAAUACAACUGCCUCAGCCUUAUGUGGACAUUAGAUCUGAUGAGGAAAUACAACUGCCUCAGCCUUAUGUGGACAUUAGAUCUGAUGAGGAAAUACAACUGCCUCAGCCUUAUGUGGACAUUAUAUCUGAUGAGGAAAUACAACUGCCUCAGCCUUAUGUGGACAUUAUAUCUGAUGAGGAAAUACAACUGCCUCAGCCUUAUGUGGACAUUAUAUCUGAUGAGGAAAUACAACUGCCUCAGCCUUAUGUGGACAUUAUAUCUGAUGAGGAAAUACAACUGCCUCAGCCUUAUGUGGACAUUAGAUCUGAUGAGGAAAUACAACUGCCUCAGCCUUAUGUGGACAUUAGAUCUGAUGAGGAAAUACAACUGCCUCAGCCUUAUGUGGACAUUAGAUCUGAUGAGGAAAUACAACUGCCUCAGCCUUAUGUGGACAUUAUAUCUGAUGAGGAAAUACAACUGCCUCAGCCUUAUGUGGACAUUAGAUCUGAUGAGGAAAUACAACUGCCUCAGCCUUAUGUGGACAUUAUAUCUGAUGAGGAAAUACAACUGCCUCAGCCUUAUGUGGACAUUAUAUCUGAUGAGGAAAUAAAACUGCCUCAGCCUUAUGUGGACAUUAUAUCUGAUGUGUGCAAAGUUAUUUGUGGGAAGCAGCUGACUGAGCCAAUCCCACUCAGGGUUGGCAAAAAAAAACUUUCUGCCCAUGGAGUGCUGUUAACUUCAUCCUAGCCAUCAACCAGUGUCUGAAAUGGCUAUGCCAGCGUACCCCAGCCCAUGUGGGGUCACCGCGCCCAGUACAGGGGUAUGUAUGGUGAAGACAUGAUCUCUCAUACAGAUUACUUUUUGAAAUGCAGUCCACUCCAUAUCAGCUAAACAUUCGCAUUAGCAAAAUAAGAAUACAACAACUCCCAACACAACACUCACUGUUCUUCUGUCACGGAUUCCGCCGAGGCUGCCCCUCCUCCUUGCUGCGGCGUUCGUCGUCACCGGAAUACUACUGGCAGGCUGCGGCGAUCCGAAUACUAGCUGCUGCCGAUCUAUGUUCUCUGUUUCUAUGUUGCACCUGUUGUCUGAUUGUCACACACCUGUUUCCCAAUUUUGUGUAAUCCUAUUUAACCCAGGUGCUCCCAAUGUGUCUUGUGCGUGGUUGUUUUUCGUUUCGUGUGUCGUUAGGUGUUAGUUCCUUCUUGCUGUGUUGUUUGUUUGGUGCCAAAUUAGUGCCAAAACAUAUUAGACACCGGCAAAUGUAGUUUUGAUUCACAGAAGAAAAUUCACCAGUCGCAAGUUUAGUAAAUUAGUUCUCACAUUGAAAUGCAUGCUUGCAAAUCUUAUUGAAAUUGUUCACAUACACUGCAUGACCAAAAUUAUGUGGACACCUGCUCGUCGAACAUCUCAUUCUAAAAUCAUGGGCAUUAAUAUGGAGUUGGUCCCCCCCCUUUGCUGCUAUAACAGCCUCCACUCUUCUGGGAAGGCUUUCCACUAGAUGUUGGAACAUUGCUGCGGGGAAUUGCUUCCAUUCAGGCACCAUUCAGGCACAAGAGCAUUAGUGAGGUUGAGCACUGAUGUUGGGUGAUUAGGCCUGGCUCGCAGUUGGUGUUCCAAUUCAUCCCAAAGGUGUUCGAUGGGGUUAAGGUCAGGGCUCUGUGCAGGCCAGUCAAGUUCUUCCACACCGAUCUCGACAAACCAUUUCUUUAUGGAUCUCGCUUUGUGCAUGGGGGCUUUGUCAUGCAUGAACAGGAAAAGGCCUUCCCCAAACUGUUGCAACAAAGUUGGAAGCACAGAAUCUUCUAGAAUGUCAUUGUAUGAUGUAGCGUUAAGAUUUCCCUCCACUGGAACUAAGGGGCAUAACCCGAACCAUGAAAAACAGCCCCAUACCUGUCAUGAAUCCCGCUUCCUGAGUCGGUUUCUGUCUGAGUUGCCUGUUUUUGUCCUGGAGUUGUUUUUUCCUGAGUUUCCUGAGCGCACCCUGUCUGGUUGCCGGGCGACAAAGUAAGGCGGGAGAUCUCUCCAUUACCCGCACCUGCAGCUAUCUGCCCACCUGGUUCUGAUCAUCACCUCUCCACUUCAUAAGCUCUGACCUGACAUCCAUUCCCUGCCGGAUCGUUCGCCAUGAGCAGUAUGUGGUGCCUGCGUGUCAGCCUCAGAUUACUAAGAGUUAGUUUUGCUGUUCUGUUACUUUUUGCUUGCUGUGAACUCACCUUCGUUUCCUCUGUCUACAGUUACUCUUCCGGAACAUUCACUCCACCGCUGCCUGGUCGUCUGUGGCUUCAGAGACAUCAUUAGUCCCCUGUAGCUCAGUUGGUAGAGCAUGGCGCUUGCAACGCCAGUGUUGUGGGUUCGUUUCCCACGGGGGGCCAGUAUGAAAAUGUAUGCACUCACUAACUGUAAGUCGCUCUGGAUAAGAGCGUCUGCUAAAUUACUAAAAUGUAAAAAAAAAAAAAUAUUUGGAUCUGCCCAUUCACUCCCACCAACUCACCUCCACUGCCAGCUCCGUCACCUGGAUUCUCCUGCUUCCACAUUUAAGUCUUUAAAUAAAUGCUCACCUUCAUUCAACUCACCUUGUCCUGAUCUGCUUCUGGGUUCUGCUUUAGAGAAUCGUGACAGAACGAUCCGGCCAAGGUUGAACCCAGCGGACCUGGACUCCGUUCGCCAUGCCAUUACCCAUCAAGGAAAGAUGUUGGGACAACACAGCACGGCGCUACAGGAGAUAGCGUUUUCAGUUCUGAACUUUUCUGCCAGUCUGACGAGUAUCCAGGCUCAGCUCAGUUUGCCGGCGGAGAAUCCACCACCUGAAUUCACCCCUCUCGCCUGCCGCUUCUGGAGCUGUAUCCUUCCGUGAGCCCAAGGUUCCGACACCAGAGAAAUACGAAGGGGAUUUGGGAAGAUGCCGUUCAUUUCUCAUGCAGUGUGGAUUAGUUUUUGACCUGCAGACCAACUCUUACGCCACAGACAAGGCUAGGAUAGCUUUUGUAAUUGAACUGCUGCGUGGAAGAGCUCUGGAGUGGGCUUCAGCCUCAUGGGAACGACAGGACACCUGCAUGGCAUCAUACCAGGAGUUCACGGCAGAGAUGAGGAAGAUUUUUGACCAUCCAGUCCGAGGUAAGGACGCAGCUAAUCGUCUGUUUUCUCUUCGACAAGGAGCUCGCAGUGUAGCAGACUUUGUUAUUGAAUUCAGGACAUUGGCUGUGGAGAGUGGGUGGAAUGAGGAGUCCCUACAAGCGGUUUUUUAUCAGGGGUUGUCAGAGCAACUCAAGGAUGAACUGAUCUCUUAUCCUGAGCCUAGCGACCUGGACAGUUUGGUAGCGUUAUCUAUUCGGGUGGAUAACAGAAUCUGAGAGAGAAGGAGGGAGAAGCGAUGGGGGUCUUCCAAUCACUCAUCUACUCGGUUACCAUUCAAGUCAGGAAAUGGACCAGAACGAGCUGAUCAUUAUUCACCACACGAGAUUAGAGGAGGGGUCCUGCCUCCAGAUCCUGAACCCAAGUGGGGCGGCACGGGUUAACCAAGGAGGAGCGCCAACGUAGACGUGAGACCAACCGCUGCCUCUACUGUGGUAACCCGGGACAUUACAUCUCCGCUUGUCCCCAGCGCCCGUUAAACUGCCCGGCUCGGUAAGUUUGGGAGGACUUUUAGCGAGCCAGUUUCAGCCUCUCAAUAACCCUGUCAGACCCCGUUUUCCUGCAACCCUCAUGAACAAGAAUCAGAUUUUGGAGAUUAACGCUUUUAUCGAUUCAGGUGCCGAUGGCAGCUUUAUGCAUGCCGACUUGGUGGAACAGCUGGGAUUUCCAAGGAGCGAUUACCGGAAGUCAUUGAAGCUACCACUCUGAACGGCAGUAGUCUGGCACGUAUCACUAUGAGGACUGAACCUGUUAAAUUGCUGCUGUCAGGUAAUCAUUCAGAGUUUAUCUCCUUCUUCAUUCUGCCAUCUCCCCGUGCCCCCCUGGUUCUUGGAUACCCCUGGCUGAGAGAACACAAUCCCACGUUCGAUUGGGUGACUGGCAAGGUAACUAAUGUCAUGCUAACUGCCUUAAGACUGCCUGUUCCCAUUCUGUUCCCAGUCAGGUUAUUGAUUCUGCCCCCCCCCCAGAUUUGUCCCUAGUUCCUGAAACAUAUCACGAUUUGGGUGAAGUGUUCAGUAAGCAGAAGGCUCUGUCACUUCCUCCCCACCGACCAUAUGACUGUGCUAUAAAUCUGAUCCCUGGAGCUGCCUAUCCCAAGGGACGUUUAUACAGUAUCUCUCGGCCUGAACGUGAAGCCUUGGAGACCUACAUAAAGGAGUCCCUAGCUGCUGGUCUCAUUCGUCCAUCGUCAUCACCCCUGGGAGCAGGAUUCUUUUUUGUGAGUAAGAAGGAAGGAUCUUCGACCUUGUAUUGAUUAUCGGGGUUUGAAUGAUAUUACUGUCAAGAACAAGUAUCCCCUGCCCUUGAUGAGCUCUGCUUUCGACUCCUUUCAGGGUGCUACUGUUUUCACUAAGCUUGAUUUACGCAAUGCGUAUCAUCUGGUCCGGAUCAGAGAGGGGGACGAGUGGUUGACUGGGUUCAAUACACCUAUGGGACAUUUCGAGUAUCAAGUGAUGCCGUUUGGACUGACCAAUGCUCCAGCAGUGUUCCAGAGUAUCUUGAAUGACGUUCUGAGAGAUAUGAUCGGUCUUUUUGUGUUCGUUUACCUGGAUGACAUUCUCAUUUUCUCUAAGGAGCUUUCCAGCCACAUCCAGCGUGUCAAGCAGGUCCUGCAGCGAUUAUUGGAGAACCGCCUGUUUGUGAAGGCAGAGAAGUGUGAUUUUCACGCCCACACUACAUCCUUCCGCGGAUACAUCAUCUCCAAGGGAGAGAUUAAGAUGGACCAAGAGAAGGUUAGGGCGGUUCUUGAUUGGGCCCAGUCCGAUACGAGAUUGCAGCUCCAGAGGUUUCUGGGGUUUGCGAAUUUCUAUCGAAGAUUUAUCCGUGAUUACAGCCGUGUGGCCGCUCCAUUAACUGCCCUGACUUCUAGCACCCGAACCUUCUGUUGGAAUCCUGAGGCAGACCGAGCAUUCCUGGACUUGAAGAGCCGAUUCACCAACGCCCCUAUUUUCUCUCAACCUGAAACUUCCCGUCAGGUUGUUGUGGAAGUGAACGCGUCUGAUGUGGGGGUUGGCGCCAUCUUGUCCCAGCGAAGCUCCACUGACAGUAAGCUCCAUCCCUGCGCCUUCUACUCUUGUCGUCUUUCGCCUGCUGAGAUAAAUUAAGAUGUGGGUAACCGGGAGCUUCUCACUGUUAAACCCGGUCCCGGUAACGGUCCACCCGGGCAGUUGUUUGUGCCAGAGUCUGUCCGUUCUGCUGUCCUCCAGUGGUCCCACGCCAGCAAGAUGGCUUGUCACCCUGGCGUGGCUCGGACUAUGGCGUUACUACGCCGACGAUUUUGGUGGCCUGCCAUGGGAGAAGAUACCCGGAGUUUUGUUGCUGCCUGUCCAGUUUAUGCGCAGAAUAAGAGUACCAAUCGGCCCAGCUCUGGACUUCUUCAGCCCAUACCUGUUCCUCGGCGACCAUGGUCGCAUCUGGCCCUGGACUUUGUCACUGGGUUGCCCUCUUCUGAUGGGAACACUGUCAUUCUGACUAUCGUGGACAGAUUCAGCAAGUUCGCCCACUUUGUGCCCAUCUCCAAACUUCCCUCUGCCUCUGAGACGUCCAAGAUCCUUGUUAGGGAGGUUUUCAGGGUUCACGGGUUGCCCAGUGACAUAGUUUCCGACCGUGGCCCUCAGUUCACCUCUGCUGUCUGGAAAUCCUUCUGUUUGGCCAUUGGAGCUACAGUCAGUCUCACAUCUGGAUUUCACCCCCAAUCUAAUGGUCAGGCGGAGAGAGCCAACCAGAAGAUGGAGUCCACGCUUCGUUGCCUUGUCUCCUCCAACCCCACCUCUUGGGUCUCUCAGUUGCCAUGGGUCGAGUAUGCCCAUAAUACCCUCCCUACAUCUGCCACUGGGAUGUCUCCCUUCCAGUGCCUUUACGGCUACCAACCUCCCUUGUUUCCUUCUCAGGAGAAGGAUCUCUCGGUUCCCUCUGUCCCACAUUCGCCGUUGUCACCGGACCGGGCAUCGGGCCAGAAAGGCCCUCCUUAGAGUUUCUGACCGGUAUCAGCUCCAGACUAAUCGUCGCCGUAUUUCAGCCCUCGCUUAUGCCGUCGGAGAUAAGGUCUGGUUGGCUACACGGGAUCUUCCUCUGUGGACAGAGUCGAGGAAACUGUCACCGAAGUUCAUUGGUCCGUUUGUGGUGGAGAAGGUCAUUAAUCCUGUUGUGGUUCGACUCAAAUUGCCUAGGACGCUCAGAGUGCAUCCCACCUUUCAUGUCCUCCUUGUCCUCCUCCUCCUCGGAUGAUCUACACGGUGCACCGCAUCAUGGAUUCCAGACGGCGGGGGUCGGGGUUUCCAGUAUCUCGUGGACUGGGAGGGGUAUGGUCCUGAGGAGAGCGGUUGGAUUCCUCGGCGUCAGAUCCUUGAUGCUGACCUCCUUCGUGACUUCUACCGCCUCCAUCCUGGCGGGUAGUCCGCCCGGUGGCGUUCAUCGGAGGGGGGGUACUGUCAUGAAUCUCGCUUCCUGAGUCGGUUUCUGCCUGAGUUGACUGUUUUCUGUCCUGGAGUCUUUUUUCCUGAGUUUCCUGAACGCACCCUGUCUGGUUGCCGGGCGACGAAGCGGGAGAUCUCUCCAUUACCCGCACCUGCAUCUCAUCAGCUAUCUGCCCACCUGGUUCUGAUCAUCACCUCUCCACUUCAUAAGCUCUGACCUGACAUCCAUUCCCUGCCGGAUCGUUAGCCAUGAACAUUACUCUCCUGGAAUAUUCACUCCACCUCUGCCUGGUCGUCUGUGGCUUCAGAAACAUCAUUGGAUCUGCCCAUUCACUCCCAUCAACUCACCUCCACUGCCAGCUCCGUCACCUGGAUUCUCCUGCUUCCACAUUUAAGUCUUUAAAUAAAUACUCACCUUCAUUCUACUCACCUUGUCCUGGUCUGCUUCUGGGUUCCGCUUUAGAGAAUCGUGGCAAUAUAAUAGACUAUAGAAACUAAUAUAAUAUGAUGUUGUCCAUAUAAUAGACCUAUGAGAAGAGGAGACACUAAUAUCAUGUUGUCCAUAUAAUAGACCUAUGAGAAGAGGAGACACUAAUAUGAUGUUGUCCAUAUAAUAGACCUAUGGGAAGAGGAGACACUAAUAUGAUGUUGUCCAUAUAAUAGACCUAUGAGAAGAGGAGACACUAAUAUAAUAUGAUGUCCAUCUAAACUGGAGGAGGAAAUUAUUGUCCAAAAACAAACUUUUAAGUAGCACUGACCCAACAAUGAUAAAUAGUGAAUAUGCACAGUGCGCACUCACUGGGGAUAUCCACUGGUGCCAAUAAGGUAAAUUGAGAAUGUUGAUAACUAAAAGACAGAUUAGUAAUUUAAUUGUCUUCUCUUUACAGCAAUAACCUUUUGGUUCCAAUCUAUGUUUUCCCGCAAUACAUUUUGCGACAUGCCUUGCUGGGUCUCUCUACAUUUCACUGACAUUAGCAACUCAACAAUAAUCUGCCCAUAUUGUUCGAGCUGCCUUUCCUUCCCACUUUAGCACAGGAGGCGGCUGAGGGGAGAACGGCUACCUUAUGGUGCAUAUGAUUGCAUAUUUAAAAAGUAACGGCGGGUAUCCUCCAUUUGCUAUUUGAGGUUACAGAUUACAAAAAUGAUGCCACACGUAUAUUCGUAAGGCUAUGUAUAAAGACCUGAUUCAAUUGAGAUUACUCUGAUGGGUGAGAAUAUUAUCAUGUUCUUGCUUGAUAAUAUUCCUGUGUAGCUCAAUUGUUAGAGCAUGGUGCUUGCAAACGCGAAGGUUGUGGGUUUGAUUCCCACGGUGGAUCAGUAAGAAAAAAGUAUGAAAAUGUAUGCACUCACUACCGUAAGUUGCUCUGGAUAAGCACAUCUGCUAAAAUGUAAAAUGGUAAAUUGUGAAUGAGAGACUGAUGAAGUGUGAAACAGAGCAGAGCUCAUGCCUUUCGUGAGACUUAUUUCAAAUCAUCAUUAGAAUCGCAUCAUGCAGCCUUAGAACGUAUUAAAAUCACAACAUAUAGAUUAACGUUGUUAUCUCAACUAAAGUAGCAUACAUAACUCUAAAUGAAGCAUAUAGGAGGACCUGUUUCUGUGUUUAACAGCUCAACACAGAACAGGGAAUCUUUGUAUUUAUUGAUAUUUAAUGAGCUGUGUUCAUUUGCAGGACUAUUCUUCACACUGUAAAAUAAUGCCACAGAAUUCUAAGCAAAUCUUGUCUGCUAAAUGAACUAGUGUAGCCCACAGCCAUAUGGCACAGCCAGAUCAGGGCCUAACAUAAGGAAGACUAUAUUUUCCCCCCACCAUGUUGCUUUAGACCUGUGUAAAAAUAAAUAAUGGAUUCACUGUGAUGGAGUAGGCUAUAUUAAAAAACCCUAGAGUCGAUGUCCGUGCCUGGAAAUCUAAUUAGAAUAAUAACAACAAUUGUGUCAAUUCAAGCUAGAGAUGUUCUGGUUUUUCAUUGGAUGCGUCUCAAUCCACCGCAUCGACCGAUGUCGCACUUCCGCAUCUGCGGUGAAAGGUGACAGAGCUAGAGCUGAGUUUGUCAGACCAUGAGACGUCCCUGAAAAUCGGUCUUCUCACAAAAUCGUCUGUAGCGUCCGAACGGUUUGGCCUGCAAACUAUUAUGGAAUGAUGAGACUGGCAGUUAUUUGCAUGACAAUCACCAGCUUGACAAAAAUGUCAUGACUACCACAUGUGAAGUUAUCUUCCUGAGCCAAAGACAAUUUGGGUGUCCCGAAUGUUAAGUGGAUUUACACUGUACCAGACUGACUCAGCUGUUGAACAGGCUCAACAGUGACGAUGUGACAGUUAAGGAGUUAGCCAGAGCCUCCUUCCUUCUGGACCUACAGGGGAGGAAGGUUCCACUGGCCAGGGAAAUUGAGGACAACUUCCUGGGCUUCAGGACGAAGGUUCCACUGGCCACGGACACUGAGGACAACUUCCUGGGCAUCAGGACGAAGGUUCCACUGGCCACGGACACUGAAGACAACUUCCUGGGCUUCUGGAGGAAUGUUCCACUGGCCACGGACACUGAGGACAACUUCCUGGGCUUCUGGAGGAAUGUUCCACUGGCUACGGACACUGAGGACAACUUCCUGGGCUUCAGGACGAAGGUUCCACUGGCUACGGACACUGAGGACAACUUCCUGGGCUUCAGGAGGAAGGCCAAUGGAAAAUUGGACACUCGUGUUGCAGGCUUUGGAGUCUGGUCAAACUGUCCGGACCUCAACGACCUGUGUGGAACACACAGCUUGAUAUGCAAACUGAGCCAGUGACUGCCUCUGAUGCAGUUGUGUCAGACCCCUGUGUUGAUGUGGAGGCUUCUGUCCCCCAUGAUGGAACAUCUCAUCCUACAUCCAGGACAACACUCCUCGGUAUCAGACGGAUGCAGCUACUUCAACACUGGACUAGCCUGAGGCUGCAGGGGAAACUCGCUGCUCUGCACUGUGCUGACCACUCGGUCUCCCAUUUGACGGCUACAUGGAGCAGGCCUUUGACAGGCUGCUUAAAUACCAGCCCCUCGUGGCAUGCUUGGACAGCCUCGGGUGUUGGUGUAAGCUGGUGGCGCUGAUAUUCAUCAGUCUCGGCCACGUACACAGGCUUGCAGUGUGUGGCCUCCAGAUUGCGGGCGUGCCAAAAACAGUUGGCUAGGUACUGCUCUGUUUCAGCUGUCGUGGAGGAGGGGCUUUAUACACUACCAGUUAAACGUUUGGACACACCUACUCAUUCAAGGGUUUUUCUUUAUUUGGACAAUUUUUUUUUUACAUUGUAGAAUAAUAGUGAAGACAUCAAAACUAUGAAAUAACACAUAUGGAGUCUUGAGUUUACUCUUGAGUGACAUAUAUACAGGGACCUUUGAAAUGUUUGGAUCCUCUUUUAAUGUAAAUUUGAUUGGUGUAUUCAAAUAAAGUAUUUAAAAUGUGUGUGUGCGCGCAUGCGUGUGAGUGAGUGAGUGAGUGAGUGAGUGAGUGAGUGAGAGAGCCAUGGCAGUGCUAAUUGACUAUUCAGCAUCACUACUGAGUCAGACUCUUACCUCUCUCUGUCUAAACACACAUAGAGACGCCAACAGAGGAUGAGACAGGCAGAGUGUUCUCAGUCUUAUGCUUCAAGUUUCCAGAUUGGUUAAUCGUAUGCACAUGGUAUAAACCAGCCAACGUGUUCAUUUCGUCAACAAAAAAAGUGACAAAAAUAAUGAUCAAGUACGAGUGGCCUUAACUGACUGAAUAGACCCCAAAAAACGAUAACUAAACUAAAAAUGAUUUUUCAUUUCAUCUGACUAAAAUGAGAGAAGACUAACUGAUCUCUGAUUAUAAUCGGACUACUAAAUCGACUGGACAAGAGUUUUUGGAGAGUGAGAGUUUUUCAGUGAUAUGCACAAUUAAUAUUAGCAGCACAGAUGCACGGUGCAGUUGUGUUCAGCAGUGGGAAGGACACGUCUCACCCGGCACACACAGCCAACAUCAGCUGGUGAGCUAUGGGGGAGUUAGCGAUGGCUGUGGGCAGAACGGCUCCGCUCCGGCUCCGCCUCUAAUUAUACUCUCUUGUUUCCCCGUAGCUAACCAGUCACCAUCAGCCUUCUAGUUAGCUACCCUCUGCCUGGUUAAGAAACACAAGCUGCUUUAUGAAAUUAAAAACAAUAGCAGCAUUGAGUUUAACACUAAAACAACAGUCUAGCAAGGUUUUUGUCUCCCUUGAGUAUAGAAGAGUAGGCCGUCUGAAUUGGUGCAGAGAGUCAGUGCAGAUGGUCAGUCUAGUUGAAGUGUUCAGCUCAGGUUAGCGUUUUUUGUCAUGAAUGUUGUUCUGGAGGCAGCCCUGCUGAGUGGUCACUAGCCAGCACAGCCACAAAGUCAUAAAAUCGAACCUUAACCACACUGCUAACCUUAAUGCCUCACCGCAACCUUAAAUUAAGACCCAAAAAGCUCAUUUCUGUUUUCAUGAAUUUUAACAAUAUAGCCAAUGUUGACUUUGCAGCUGGCCUAUCUAAGGGGAAAUCGCUCAGUUCUACCUCCAAGACAAACUUAAACCUGCAUGUUGAGCAGUCUGAUGGCUUGUUGACUUUGACUAGAUAGAAACUGUCUCUGAGCCUGUUGGUAUCAGACCUCAUGCUUCAAUACAGUCUGAUGGCUUGUUGACUUUGACUAGAUAGAAACUGUCUCUGAGCCUGUUGGUAUCAGACCUCAUGCUUCAAUACAGUCUGAUGGCUUGUAGAUAGAAACUGUCUCUGAGCCUGUUGGUAUCAGACCUCAUGCUCCAAUACAGUCUGAUGGCUUGUAGAUAGAAACUGUCUCUGAGCCUGUUGGUAUCAGACCUCAUGCUCCGAUACCAUCUGCCCAAUGAUAAGGGAGAGAAUAGCUCGUGGCUGGAGGGUGUGUGGGGUCCUUGAUGAUGCUGCGGGCCUUCCUCAGCAGUAGAUGUCCUGGAUGGGUGGGAGAACGGUCCCAGUGAUGCCCUGGAUGGGUGGGAGAACGGUCCCAGUGAUGUCCUGGAUGGGUGGGAGAACGGUCCCAGUGAUGUACUGGGCCAUCUUCACCACCCGCUGGAGGGCCUUGCAGGCGUGGACGAAGCAAUUCCCAGACCAGGCCAUGAUGUAACUGUUCAGGAUGCUCUCGAUGGUGCAGCGGUAGUAUUUGGAGAGGACCUGGGGGUGGCAAGCAGCAUUUCUUCAGCUGCCGUUAGGAAGUAGAGACGCCGUUGCGCCGCUCUCGACAAGAGUGGCAGUGUUGUUGGUCCCAUGUCAAGUCCUUGGUGAUGCGGACGCUGAGGAACUUAAAACUGCUGACUCACUCUCUACUACAGUCCCGUUGAUGAGGAUCGGGGCGUGUUCCCUCCUCCGCUUCCUAAAGUCUACAAUCCACUCCUUAGUUUUGCUGACGUUGUUGUUAUGACACCACAAUGCCAGUUCACUCACCUCCUCCCUAUAGGCUGACUCAUCGUUGUUGGUUACCAGUUCUAGAACCGUGGUGUCGUCAGCAAAUAUGUUGAUGGAGUUGCUGUCGUGUCAAGCCACGCAGUCACGGGUGAACAGCAGAGGACUGAGGACACACCCUUGGGGGGCCCCCUGUGUUAAGAGUCAGUGUGGAGGAGGUGUUGUUGCCAAUCCUCACAGCCUGUGGUCUGCCCAUCAGGAAGUCCAGGAUCCAGUUGCACAGGGUGGUGUCCAGACCCAGGGCUCUGAGCAUGGUGUCGAUCUUGGAAGGAACAAUAGUGUUGAAUGCUGAACUAUUGUCAAUGAACAGCAUUCUCACACAGGUGUUCCUCUUGUCCAGAUGUGUUGCGGCCGUGUGAAUAGUGAUGGAAAUGGCAUCUUCCAUGGAUCUGUUGGAGUGGUAGGCAGAUUGGAGUGGGUCCAGUGUGCCAGGCAUGCUGGCCUUGAUGUGUGACCAUGACCUGCAUCUCGAAUCACUUCAUGGUGAAUGGUGUGAGUGCGACAGUCAUUUGGGCAUGUCACAUCCGAACAGACGCCACCAGCUGGUCAGCACACACUCUGAGGACGCGGCCAGGCAUACGAUCUGGGCCAGCGGCUUUGUGAGUAUUCACUCUCACGUCAGCCUCGGAGAGCGAAAGCACCUGGACGUCCGGAGCAGUGAGAGUCUUCCUGGAUGGCUCGCAUGGGAGAGAGGCUUCGGUAGACACCGCACAGCUGGAUUUGCCUUUGUAGUCCGUGAUAGUCUGUAGUCCGUGAUAGUCUGUAGUCCGUGAUAGUCUGUAGUCCUUGCCACAUGCGUUGCGAGUCUGAGUUGUCGAACAUCAAUUGAAGUUUGAGUCUGUACUGUCUUUUUGUGUCCCUAAUGGAUUUGUGGAGCUCGUAUCUGCUUUCCUUGUACACGUCGCGCGCCACAGACUAAUCUGGGUUCGUUCUGCUGACAUUGAAUGCUGUGGUACGGGCUCUCAUCAUGGUACGGAUAUCUCCGUUCAUCCAGGGUUUUUGGUUGGGUAUGUCCGGAUUGUUAUUGUGGGGUACAACAUCAUCAACACAUUUCCUAAUGAAGCCUGUGACUGACGAUGUAUAUUCCUCAAUGUUGAUGGAUGAGUCCUGGUUGGAUGAAUCUUUGAACAUAUUCCAAUCAGUAUUCUCAAAACAGCCCUGCAGCAUUGAGUCUGCCUCCUCAGUCCAGUAUUGAGUCUGCCUCCUCAGUCCAGUAUUGAGUCUGCCUCCUCAGUCCAGUAUUGAGUCUGCCUCCUCAGUCCAGUAUUGAGUCUGCCUCCUCAGUCCAGUAUUGAGUCUGCCUCCUCAGUCCAGUAUUGAGUCUGCCUCCUCAGUCCAGUAUUGAGUCUGCCUCCUCAGUCCAGCAUUGAGUCUGCCUCCUCUGUCCAGUAUUGAGUCUGCCUCCUCAGUCCAGUAUUGAGUCUGCCUCCUCAGUCCAGCAUUGAGUCUGCCUCCUCAGUCCAGUAUUGAGUCUGCCUCCUCAGUCCAGUAUUGAGUCUGCCUCCUCAGUCCAGUAUUGAGUCUGCCUCCUCAGUCCAGCAUUGAGUCUGCCUCCUCAGUCCAGUAUUGAGUCUGCCUCCUCAGUCCAGUAUUGAGUCUGCCUCCUCAGUCCAGUAUUGAGUCUGCCUCCUCAGUCCAGCAUUGAGUCUGCCUCCUCUGUCCAGUAUUGAGUCUGCCUCCUCAGUCCAGUAUUGAGUCUGCCUCCUCAGUCCAGCAUUGAGUCUGCCUCCUCAGUCCAGUAUUGAGUCUGCCUCCUCAGUCCAGUAUUGAGUCUGCCUCCUCAGUCCAGCGCCUCACUAUUCUCUGUGUUGGUGGCUCCCUCCUGAGCUGCUGCUUGUAGGCGGGGAGUAGGAACAGAGAGACGUGAUCUGAUUGGCCGAAGUGGGGGGCGGGGGGAUGGCUUUGUAUGCAUCAAGUAUAUGUAGCAGAAAGACUUAUGAUUGGUCCUUGUCCUUGUUUGUUAACACCAGCUACGUGCGUGAGAGAGAACAUGAGAAAGAGCAAGAGAAAUCAAAGCAAAGAAAAGAGAGAGAGGCUGAGAGAGCGAAAGGAAGAGUAUGAAAGAGAGAGAGGCUGAGAGAGCAACCCUAACACUAAACCUAACCCCUAACCCUAAUUCUAACCUAAACCUAACCCCUAAGCCUAAUUCUACUUCUAACCCUAAACCUAACCCCUAACCCUAAUUCUAACCCUAACACUAAACCUAACCCCUAACCCUAAUUCUAACCCUAACACUAAACCUAACCCCUAAGCCUAAUUUUAACUCUAACCCUAAAUAUAAUAAUUCUAACUCUAACCCUAAAAUAGCAUUUUUCCUUGCUGGACUAUCCCUCUACUAUCCCUCUACUAUCCCUCUACUAUCCCUGGACUAUCCCUGGACUAUCCCUCUACUAUCCCUCUACUAUCCCUCUACUAUCCCUGGACUAUCCCUCUACUAUCCCUCUACUAUCCCUGGACUAUCCCUGGACUAUCCCUCUACUAUCCCUCUACUAUCCCUGGACUAUCCCUGGACUAUCCCUGGACUAUCCCUCUACUAUCCCUCUACUAUCCCUCUACUAUCGCUGGACUAUCCCUCUACUAUCCCUCUACUAUCCAUGGACUAUCCCUGGACUAUCCCUCUACUAUCCCUCUACUAUCCCUGGACUAUCCCUGGACUAUCCCUGGACUAUCCCUCUACUAUCCCUGGACUAUCCCUCUACUAUCCCUCUACUAUCCCUGGACUAUCCCUCUACUAUCCCUCUACUAUCCAUGGACUAUCCCUGGACUAUCCCUCUACUAUCCCUCUACUAUCCCUGGACUAUCACUCUACUAUCCCUCUACUAUCCCUGGACUAUCCCUCUACUAUCCCUCUACUAUCCCUGGACUAUCCCUCUACUAUCCCUCUACUAUCCCUGGACUAUCCCUCUACUAUCCCUGGACUAUCCCUCUACUAUCCCUCUACUAUCCCUGGACUAUCCCUCUACUAUCCCUCUACUAUCCCUCUACUAUCCCUCUACUAUCCCUGGACUAUCCCUCUACUAUCCCUGGACUAUCCCUGGACUAUCCCUCUACUAUCCCUGGACUAUCCCUGGACUAUCCCUGGACUAUCCCUCUACUAUCCCUGGACUAUCCCUCUACUAUCCCUCUACUAUCCCUGGAAUAUCCCUCUACUAUCCCUGGACUAUCCCUAGACUAUCCCUCUACUAUCCCUCUACUAUCCCUGGACUAUAUCUCUACUAUCCCUCUACUAUCCCUCUACUAUCCCUGGACUAUCCCUCUACUAUCCCUCUACUAUCCCUGGACUAUCCCUCUACUAUCCCUGGACUAUCCCUCUACUAUCCCUGGACAAUCCCUCUACUAUCCCUCUACUAUCCCUGGACUAUCCCUCUACUAUCCCUCUACUAUCCCUGGACUAUCCCUGGACUAUCCCUGGACUAUCCCUGGACUAUCCCUCUACUAUCCCUCUACUGUUCCUGGACUAUCCCUCUACUAUCCCUGGACUAUCCCUCUACUAUCCCUGGACUAUCCCUCUACUAUCCCUCUACUAUCCCUGGACUAUCCCUCUACUAUCGCUCUACUAUCCCUGGACUAUCCCUCUACUAUCCCUCUACUAUCCCUCUACUAUCCCUCUACUAUCCCUGGACUAUCCCUGGACUAUCCCUCUACUAUCCCUCUACUAUCCCUGGACUAUCCCUGGACUAUCCCUGGACUAUCCCUGGACUAUCCCUCUACUAUCCCUCUACUGUUCCUGGACUAUCCCUCUACUAUCCCUGGACUAUCCCUCUACUAUCCCUGGACUAUCCCUCUACUAUCCCUCUACUAUCCCUGGACUAUCCCUCUACUAUCGCUCUACUAUCCCUGGACUAUCCCUCUACUAUCCCUCUACUAUCCCUCUACUAUCCCUGGACUAUCCCUGGACUAUCCCUCUACUAUCCCUCUAUUAUCCCUGGACUAUCCCUGGACUAUCCCUGGACUAUCCCUCUACUAUCCCUCCACUAUCCCUAUACUAUCCCUCUACUAUCCCUCUACUAUCGCUCUACUAUCCCUGGACUAUCCCUCUACUAUCCCUGGACUAUCCCUCCACUAUCCCUCUACUAUCCCUCUACUAUCCCUGGACUAUCCCUCUACUAUCCCUGGACUAUCCCUCCACUAUCCCUCUACUAUCCCUCUACUAUCCCUGGACUAUCCCUCUACUAUCCCUGGACUAUCCCUCCACUAUCCCUAUACUAUCCCUCUACUAUCCCUGGACUAUCCCUCUACUAUCCCUCUACUAUCCCUGGACUAUCCCUCUACUAUCCCUCUACUAUCCCUGGACUAUCCCUCUACUAUCCCUCUACUAUCCCUGGACUAUCCCUCUACUAUCCCUUUACUAUCCCUGGACUAUCCCUCUACUAUCCCUGGACUUCUGAUCCCCACAAGGAAACAUAUACAAGGUUUUAACAGUAAGUCCAGAGUCUUGUGAAGUUAAUUAUGCUAGCCGCUGUGACCAUUUGCAUUUAAAUAUGUUUGGUCUGUAGAGAUGGCUGUUUCUGAAGACGUAGUGGAUGUAAUUAUAAGCAAUUCCAAGGAGAUCUCUCUCUCCUUUCUGUUAAUUCAGGCUCUGCUGAUGUGUGAGGAUGAGAGUCUGUCAUUUUAA